UGAGGCCUGAUGUGGUGCUAUAGUUUUCUUGACGGAAGACGGAGGUCUGAAUUGGUACUGUUGUGGUGGCAUCAUGAAGUCCGAGGGCGAUGAGGCGACGAUGGAGAAGGGCAAGGUUGACGACAGAGAAUUGAGGAAAUUUCAUCUCACUUCUGUUUACGAUGAACAGGGCACCGACUGGGUCGACGCCGACAAGAAAGUCAGCCUCGACCUAACCCAGUUCAAAGGGUACGGUCACAGGGCGUUCGGUAUGAAACCUUUCGAAGCGAAGGGGGGUGGAAUUGAGGUUCGGAUGGUUCAUCCGGUGGAUUUUCUUAACAAAACAAACAGCUAUAGAAAAAGUGGUCAGUACCCGAUAGUAGACGCCGGUCAUCAGUUCACAGGACCGCUUGUCCCGUACGACACUCCGGUCCAGGGCGUCGCUGGCAUUUUGAAGUCUUGUGGUGAAGCACGCCAAGAACCUUCAACUUCUCAGCAACAUUCAGACGUUGCUCAGAAGGUAAUUACGUACUCCAGGCGGUCGGGGGCAGGUUUAUCGGAUAAGGCUGCGAAGAGGAAACAACUCGCCACAACUCCACCGCAACUGCAAGGACUUGCUGCGACUGCUGGCACUUCACGCUCGUGGCAGACGGAUCUUCAAGCCGUCGACCAACGGUCUGAGGAGCAAACGGAAACGGAGGAGGAUGUUGGGUUCCAUGGACGGGACGUGGGGUCCUUGGAGGACUCACGACACGGGGGCGCCGGAGGAGACAGCGAAGGGAACGUGGAACUCGAACAACGUCCUCGUGGCAGUGGGCGAUGUGAUGACGAUUGUUCGGAUGAGGAACACAAUGACAGGGAACAAAGUGAAAUGGGUGCGUGGAGUGGUGGGCCACACAAUGACAUGGAACAAAGUGAACGAAUGCAGAAUGAGGAUGAGCAGGACGAUGGAGGGAAUGGCGAUGUAGAAACGGGUGGGGCUUCGAAGAGUAGGUCUAAGCGGAAAGCAAAUGCAUCCCUAACACCAGCAGCGAUGAAGAAACAAGUCAGAAAAGAAUUUGUGGAUGAUGCUCGAUGUGCCUUGGAUGCAUCACAGGAAACGCUUGGCGAAGCCGGCAAGAAACGUAAAGAAGGAAGCCGUUUUCGCAAAACAUCGCAACCUAAGAGGACUACACGCUCAUCAAGGCUUCCCAAGUCAGAUGAUUUAAGUGACGACGCUGAAGGGGUGGGCCCUCGUCGACCUGACCUCAUUGCCGAGGACGAAACGGAAACGAAGAAGCCCCGUGCAGUCGACAUGACACGGUGCUUCUUUCUCAAGUACGAUGAAGACGGCAGAAAAAGAAAAGACGUGCCAAGGGUUUGCAUAGAUGUCAUGUCGAUUCUUCCGAUUCCCGAGGGGAAUAUCGAAUUCAACCAGCGGUCGCUGAACAAGGCAAUUGUUGCAGGUCUCGAUGCAUUAAUUGAUAGGUCCACUGCUCAAAGGGGUGUGGAUGAUGAUGCUCCGUGCGAACCGUCGGAGUUGACACUCGCUCCAAUUACGCCUUGCGCGAAUGACCCCAAUGUCCAAGGAACACGUGUUCUUCCGGAGGACUUUGAUUGGAGGCGUGCGAAGGAAUACUUCUAUUACCCGGUUGCUGGGCAGCACACCGCAGAGGCCAUGAAAAGAGCGGUACGUCGGGGAUCUCCUGCUGUUGCCAUUUAUAGUUUGCACGAUUAUGACCGUGUGCGCGUUGUUUACUUUGACGACGAUCACAAACACGGGUAUUCGAUUGUUUCGACAUACGACAACGCAAAAGGUGACCGUGCCAUGUUACCGUCGUUCCACCAGGCGUGUGAAGACAUAAGAGGUUUUUGGCGGUUGAAGAACUACAUCAAGCCUGUGGGUUUCAAGGUGGCUGAAAAUGACAUCAACGGUAAAAUGCACCAGGAGACGUGGCGGGAAUUCAUGAGGGUUUGCAUGACCUGGUCAUGUGAAAAAAGCCUUUGGACUGAGGCCUUGCAUCCGAAGUGGCAGCCCGACUGGUCGAACCGGAUAAGAGGAUACAUGAACGUGGCGACGUGUAAGAGGUGGAUAUGGCCGUUGGUGAAAAAGUAUUUUGAGAAGUUCGAAGCAGGAGAGUUGUCACUUUACGAUGGCAGGUGCCCUAGAGAUAUGUCGGGGAGGCAAGAGGGGAAGCUUCCGGGGCAAUAUACGGAAGAAGUCAAUGGGAAAAAGGAGGUGUUCCAUUGCAUAGCGGCUAAGGACGGGGGGCAUGGAGCCACCGUCACCUUCAAAGAUCUCGUUCCAUCAAACUUCAAACGGUUUGGAGAUAUGACGGCGCGAGAGAAGGAAGUCGCAUUGAGGUUGAUGAUCAACAAGAAGGUCAUAGCCACCGCUAGACAGGUUCCUACGGGGAAGUUGAACAUGGACAACCUCCUCGACAUUAUCAUGCGAGAGAGGUACAUGAUGCGUCUCUUCAACUACAUCGUGUUCAAAUCGGAGAACAGAGAGAAGGACGACUGGAACCAAAAGUUCUUCUUCGAUUACAAUGGCAUGACAGAGAGGUACGGUGUCACAGCGGAAGCAUGGGACGAGGAAAGGGAUAGAAUCCCUUUGGAGUACGUCAGGAAGGUUCCAAAACGACUUGGUGGCGACCAAGAAAUGAAAGGCCUGAAAGGAGCAGGGUUGAAGGCCACAGGGGCAUUGUAUAAAGAUGCGCCAUUUCAUUUUAAGGUCUUCGUGUAUCAGGCGAUAGGAAAGGGGGAUUUGCUCAUGGCAGAGAUGCGGCGAUUGUCAAAUGUUGCGCUUCACCUGUUGUGGGAAGGGAAAGGGCAACGAGCAACAUUGCUGUCGAUUAAUAUGAACCCAAAGGAGCUGCUGCCUGCGCAAGACGAAGUCGUUACCGCUGCCACAAACCUUAAUUGCAAGGCCACCAUCUUGGAUCUCGCAUUACCGUCGCAUUGCUCUGCCUGGUCGUCGGAGGACUUCGACGCUCUAUACAAAAUUAUGUCCAAGUUGUGCGGCAAGAAUUGGACAUUGAUCGUCUUCGCGCCACAGAAACAUCACAAGACCGUCAUGCGACACCUCUACAAUUGGGAGAACGUUGAGGUGAUACCAGGCACUUGGAAGCGCUUUAUGGGGGUCGGAACGACUUUCAAUAAAUACGGGAAUACGCAAAUUGAGAGUAAGGACACGAUGAGGAUCGUCCUGCAUGCCGAGGGAGGCGACCUCAGAAAGGUUACAAGAGUGCCGCGCUCAAAAGCGGACAUUGUGGAAGUAAACGUCGUGGAACAAUUUUUUAAGCGGUGUGCAGCAAAACAUGGCGGCGAUGAAGGCAGUGAAAAAGAGGAGUAUGGGCGUUGGGAACGAGAGCCGCAGCAGCUACAAACCUUAUGCAGAUCAUUUCUACAUGAGGACGAAGGGGUUAUAGUCCUUGGGAAGCCACAUGUUGGCCUUGUGUGGGAGCUUUUGCGCGCGGGGAACCAUGUAUUUGCGUGCGAUGCAUCGUCCAAAGACAUCGCAUAUUUGACAAAGGCCAUCGAAAUACUCGCCAAGGAUCCUCGAAACGAUUGCACCAUCGAAAAACAUAAGAGCACACAACGCUCGGACAGGGACAUGUACCACAAGUUGGGGAAGAAGAGAAAAAAAAUGUGGGACUACUUGUUCCAGGGCGACCCCAAGACUGCAUUCCAGCACAAGUACAUCUAUCGUAAAGCGAUGACACAAGAAGCAUAUGGUGGUUACCACAAGGCGGAGGUGGGGGCAUUCGCGUUGUUUGUGACGCGAUGCGAAGAGCUGAAGUUCAUGAGACAAUGCAGCAAGUUGACGUACAGCGACUACAGUGACGUCGCACGUAGAACAGAUGCGUGGAAUCUGAUUGACAGCGAUGAAGAGACUGAGACCUCGGACCUUGAAAUCGACCUACGGGUUAAGCAUUCUCGAGAUGGUGCACAUGGUCGUGAGGGAGUGCAAAAUGUUCCGGAUGACAGCGUGCAAAACGAGAACCCCGAAGGAGGUCUGCGGCAAUUUGGACCACUGAGCACUCAUGUGGAUGACACACAGGACAGGGCAAGUUCCACUGGUGAAUUCCCAAGGGAUUCACUGACACCCGUUCAAGCCGUAAUUAACAUCGUAAUUCACGGCAAUCGCUACGGAUAUCAAGGAGAGAAGAGGUCCAUCGGACGGAUGUCUGGAGGGAUGAGGAUGAACGACGUGCGGGAAGACGCCGAGGAGGAUGACUUGGUUGUUCCAGGUGUCUUCCCAAAGUUGACGCCCGGUGAUGAUAUUCCAGAAAGCUUCAUGCAGGGCUCCACCUCGCCCUGUGUAUUUCAUGACGUGGGGGAAGAGACGUCGUCAAAGAAGUGGGGGCAUCACAUACUGUGGCACCCAGAUGCGUUCGAACCGUGCAUUGACGAGGGGAAGUGGGCAAUGGCACUGCAUCUGAGGGAUGGCUGGAAAGUCAAACCCAGGAUGGCAAAAGAUUCAUGGUUGAAAACCACAAACAGUGAAAUCCUAUUAUGCGUUACGAAGGAAAACCAUGGUGCCGAUGAAGCCCUUAUAUGCGCGAAGGCCCAAUCGUUGUUCGAGUCUCUACGCUUCAACAAUCGCUUGGCGUACAAGCAUCAGUUUUACGACUUUCCAUCAAGCCGGUCGUAUAACAAAAUCGAUUGGAAAAUCGUACAGCCUCCCACAUGCCACGGGCUCGAUAGCAUUACUGUUGGAUGUUCGCAGCUUGCGGCAAUGUCGCAGACUAACUUUGCAGUGASUGCAGAAGAAGCGUUGAGUCAAACGCGUGUCGCAGCAAACGACACAGAGAAGGGAAACACCCUUCUUCAAGGAGAUGGAGAGCGGACGACUACGGGGGUUAAGGGAGCUCCGACGUCUCAGGCGGUCGAACAAAAAUCAAACGUUGCAUCAUACGGACCUCCGCUUUUGACACAGCUGGGAAACGAAGGAGCAUCGCAAAUGGAGAGUCCCACUCCUUCAGUGGAGGAUGUGGUUGCAAAGGCGAUGCAACCAGGUGUGUGUACAGAACUUGCAGCCGAGGCGAAAGAAAACUCAGGCGAGGUGAUGAAACUGUUGAAUGAUGUCGAGAGGGAAGAGAAGAAUAAACUCGAAAGGUCCAACACAUCGGCCAAUGUGAUUAAUUGCAUUUCCGAGAGCGAGGAAGGGCAAGUUGCACAUGCAGAGGGGGAUGCUGGCGAUGAAGAUGUCGGGGAAGAUAACAAGGAGUAGAACGAAGGGGACGAACGAGAGACACUCGUUAGACGUUCGACAAGAGAAAAGGAAAAAACACAAAGGAUGAAUAUUUAGAGACAUGAACAGGGUAGUGUGUGUGUGUGUGUGUGUGUGUGUGUCUGUGUGUGUGUGUGUGUAUAUGUGCGUGUGUGUGUGUGUGUGUGUGAUGGCAGCUGUGUGUAGAUAUGUAUGCAAGUGAAGUGGAGUGUCUAUGUGUAUAUGUGCAUAGAUAGAGUGACGACGCGCCAUUGAUAUGAACAAUAUGAAUGACAUAAAAUGUUAUGCAAAGUUUUGAGAGGAUUGAGGAAUAAAAUGUUAAUCGUAAU